AUGGUUUUAGUUGAACAUACCUGGAAUUUAAGAUAUCUUAAUUUUGUCGUUGGUUUAUUUCAUGUUAGACUAAUACGUUUAGAAACAAACAAUGCUAUUCGAGAUGUUGAUGUUCGUUCUCAAGCAUUUCUCAACUUUAAUGAAGUGUAA